AUGAAAAUUUUAAAUAUGCUAACCUGGCACUCUGCGUCGCUCUGGCUAGUCAUUACAACUUUGGCCAUGGCAGCUACCGGUUCGAAAGUCUUAAGUGAAAAUGUGGAUUGCGGAGGAGGCAGCGUAGUUGGCGGCGAAACUUGCCAAGUGCCACCAGAUCAGGCGCGUUAUGAUCAUUAUCGCAUCUACAAUGUACAAUUUGAUACCGAGGAGCAAAUCAAGUUAUUUCAGAAGUUAGAAGAUGAAAGUGAUAGCCUAACAUUUAUUGGUCAUGCACGGGAGAUUGGACAAAAACUAUCUAUUCUGGUGGCCGCCCAUCGCGUGGCAGAUUUUGCGGAUUUACUCAAGACAUAUAAUAUCCAGCAUCGUGUACUGACUUAUAAUUUUCAGGAUAAGAUUGAUAGCAAUUUACGGGAAGUUUUGCCUGACAGCAUUGAUCCUUCCAAAUUGGAUUGGCAACACUUUUUCCAUUUGAAAACCAUCUACGCCUGGCUAGACCAGACGGCUGAAAAAUAUUCGGAUCGUCUUACGGUCUUGGAUAUGGGCUCUAGCACUCAGAAUAAUCGUAUUUUGGGAAUUAAACUGGCCACUAAUCCAAAUAAUAAGGCGAUUUUCAUUGAGGCCGGCAUACAUGCUCGGGAAUGGAUUUCACCGGCCACAGCCACGUAUAUUAUCAACGAGCUGUUGACGUCCCAGGAUGCAGGAGUACAGAAACUAGCCAGAGAUUACAAUUGGUUUGUUUUCCCGAGUGUCAAUCCAGACGGUUAUAAGUAUACCUUUGAACAUGAUCGAAUGUGGCGUAAAAAUCGUCAGCUCUUCGGUACUAGUCGAGGAGUGGAUUUGAAUCGCAAUUAUCCGGAUCAUUGGAACUCUACUGGGUCGAGCAGUGAUCCCACACGUUACGAUUAUGCGGGUCCUAGUGCCGGCAGUGAGGUGGAAACGCAACGGCUCAUUGAAUUUAUACGCAGCCAUGCGAAGAAGGAACAGAUAAAGACAUAUAUUGCCUUACACUCGUACUCUCAAAUGCUAAUGUUCCCCUACGGUCACACCAAAGAUCGCGUCUAUAACUAUGAUGACCUCCAGGAGUUUGGUAAGAAAGCAACCGCAGCAAUAAAGGCAGAAAGCGGUCGUGACUAUGUAAGCGGCAGCUUAUAUGAAACAAUUUAUCCUGCGGGUGGCGGCAGCAUGGAUUGGGCUCAUGCCGAGCUAGAAAUUCCAAUAGCCUAUACGUUUGAGCUGCGUGGUCCUCCAGACAGUCAGGAUUUGUUUAUAUUGCCAGCCGUCCAGAUACAGCCAACGGCCAGUGAAGCCUUCACAGCCAUAAGGACAAUUGUGGAGGCAGCCGCUGAAAAGGGCUACUAUAAAUAAUUAACAGCAAAUCCUAUGAAAUCUCAACGCGUUUAACGACUUUUGGCUAGACUUUAAAUAUUCUUUUGUAUGCGAUUUUGUCUUCAAUAAAGAUACAUGUAUAAUAUA